AUGGACUUCCCAGGUCAUUACCAGCAUGUUUUCAGACAGCUCAACCACCAGCGCCUCCACGCUCAGCUCUGUGACUGUGUUGUAGUGGUGGGGGAUCAAACCUUCCGAGCUCACCGCUCCAUCCUGGCUGCCUGCAGCUCUCACUUCAGGGCUCUCCUCACCUCUUCUGACAGUGUCGACGGAGAAUCAGAAGUAGACACGUCUGCUGGAAACAGAGACCCCUGUGUGAUGGAGCUAGACCCAGAGGUUGUGACCCCUGAAGCCUUUUCAAUCCUCCUAGACAUGAUUUACACCUCGACUCUUUCUCUAGAAGCCUCCAGCGCCAUGGAUGUCUUGUUGGCUGCCUCACACUUGCAUCUCAACAGCGUGGUCAAAGCCUGCAAGCUCCACCUUUCCAGGAAAAACUUCCCAACAUCAGCACCGAGGGGUUGGAGGUCGGUGAAGAAGCAGUGCCAGUGUCCGUAUUCCCAAGCAGCAGCCGGCUCGCAGCAGCUGAUCAUUUUAGACCUGGAUGAUGAAGAACCAGGAGAGGAGGUGAGCCAGUCAGGCGGAGACAAAGAGAGCUGUGGGAGCAGCGAGCCGAGUCUGGAAACUUCUUUGCGACAGAAGAGAAAAUCGGAGGAGGAUAGGCCCAGUGACAGGAAGAGAUUACAUCGACUCCCUGAGGCAAACUAUAAGGAGCGUUCACCUACUGUCACCAGGAGCACUGAGGAGCAAGGAGGAGAGGAGACUUCAUCUCCAGAUAUCCCCCCAAAAAACAAAGGAACCUGGGGAAACCAAGGUUUUGAUGAAGACGAGGAGAAAUACGAAGCAAUGAAAGGAGAGUCGGAGGAGGUCCAGCUGCCGACCCAGUCAGACAGCAGCACAGGAGGAACUUUGUGGGGGAAAAGUGAGGAUCCAGUAGUCCAAGUUAAGGUGGGAAAAGAGGAGGAGGAGGAGCUAAAAACGGAAGUAAUGGAGGUGAAAAAGGAAAGCUCCUACUCUCCUGACACGUUGCCAAACAAUUCCCCUCCAUCCCCCCUGCAGGACUGCCCAAAUCAUAUGGAUGUGCAUCUAAAUGAUGAGAAAGUGUCCAUGUGUGGACACGCAGGUGAUUUGCAAUCCCUGCAUACAGACGGUCAGACAGAUGCACAAAGGCAGAUGGGAGAUUUGGGUGAAGUCUCAGUAGAUGGUGAGGGUCUGGAUAGCCUCUCCGAGCUCGCUUUUUCUUGCUUCUUAAAUCCCAGCAGUGAAAUGGACUCUCUGGAGGAGGAGGAAGAUAGUCUAGCCAGCCUCACAGCAGUCGCAACCGCCGCUGCAGCUGCCAGUGAUGCCCCCACAGCAGAUGUGCAGACAGAGAAGCUGGAGGAAGCAAGCACCACCUCAACCCAGUCCUCCGAUUCGUCAUCUCUGGUUUUUCCAGUCGCAAACGUUCCAUUGCAGCAAUUACUGCAGCCGACUCAAAACCCGGGAUUUAGUGACACCAUCAUCCUCCAGCCCACCCAGAACUCAUUUACUGGGUUCUUGAGUGGGAUCGGAUCAGGGCUCAGUCUGGACACUGCUGUCGUUCAACCUGCAAGAUCCGGAAAAAGCUCGGGCACGACUUUUCGCCGCAUCGCUCCCAAAGUUCCCCCUGGGUCCGAGUCGGCCUCUGAGCUGUCCGGGGAGACAGCAGAUCGGCCCACCUUGACUAAAGCUUCAGAGGACGUUCUGUCCAAGUGUAAAAAAGCGGCCGCCGAGGACCACGUGUUGCUGGUGGAAGGGGAGAAGAAGUACGCCUGCAAAAUCUGCUGCAAGACCUUCAUGAACUUGACCGACUGCAAAAAGCACAUCCGCGUCCACACGGGCGAGAAGCCGUAUCCUUGUCAGAAAUGUGGCAAGCGCUUCAGCCAGUCCUCACACCUCUACAAACACUCAAAGAACACCUGCUUAAACUGGAGAGAAGGACCGUCGUUCACCGACACGCUGCUCUAA